AUGGGACCCAUAGUUACAACGCGAGAGGCAACGCAGCAGCUCAUAUGGUCGUUAGUACAAGUGUCGAGCGGCGCUGGGGAACAGCUACCAGCGCUCCCAGAGGUCCCUUUGAUGACGUCUGACAUGCCAUUGCUUUCCGUCUCUCACAUGCCUGUUCCCAUAUUCUCCAUCGCCUUCGCUAGCUACUGGUGGGUUCGGCCUGAUGGAAGAUUAUUGACUUUGGAAGAGCUCGAAGGCAUAUUGCACAUCUUCUACCCCGACCAGAUCUUCCACGAGCAACACCGUCUUCGACUAUUCGACCGAUUGGAGAGCUCUGAUGCUGAAAACACGACACGGGUACUCAACUUUCUGGACGAGCAGAAGAAACAAGACUUAAAAAGACUGGCCGAAAUCUGUUUCCAACACUUUCUCAAGGUGACUCCCGGCGCCCAGAGUAGAGCGCAGAAUCUCAUUGGAUUGAAGCGACCGACCAUCGACGGUGAAGAGUGUCGGGAUGACCAACUUUACCUCAUUCACUGGCUCUGUAAUGAGUGCACGGACGACGAAGGCGACCUACCGACCGAGUGGGAUGUUGUAACAAUGGUUGGCCACCAUUACAACAUCGACAUUCGCAUUGACCAGAGAUUCGAGCCCUACGUAAUCCUGGCAGAUCCAGCCAACUGGGCCUCCAGGAUGGUGAGUAAUGCAUUGAGGGAUGACAAACACGCAACACACUUUGGACGCAAGGCUGAUCUUCUACAUCGGGAGUGUACCAAAUUGGGACUCUUGAUGAACCCAGCUUUAAUACCAGAGGAGGUCGAAUGA